CCUCGCCUCGCCCCGCCCCUUCCGGCCAUGGCGGCGCUCUAGGCCGCCGCCGCCGCCUCCGCCGCCACCAUGCACUCGGACGACGUUGUCUGGGACACACUGGGAAACAGGCAGUUCUGCUCCUACAAGAUAACGACAAAAACACAGAAUUUCUGCCGCAAUGAGUAUAACCUGACGGGUCUGUGCAACCGCUCCUCCUGCCCGCUGGCGAACAGCCAGUAUGCCACCGUCAGGGAGGAAAAGGGGCGGUGUUACCUGUACAUGAAGACGAUAGAACGGGCAGCUUUUCCCCGUCGACUCUGGGAACGGGUCCUGCUCAGCAAGAACUACGAGAAGGCACUGGAGGAGAUAGACGAGAACCUCAUCUACUGGCCACGGUUCAUCCGACACAAAUGCAAGCAGCGAUUCACCAAGAUCACGCAGUACCUCAUCCGCAUCCGGAAGCUGACGCUCAAGCGCCAGAGGAAGCUCGUUCCUUUACGCAGGAAGAUUGAAAGGCGAGAGAAGAGAAGAGAGGAGAAAGCCUUGAUCGCUGCUCAGCUGGAUAACGCCAUUGAGAAGGAAUUACUGGAAAGACUGAAGCAGGACACAUACGGAGACAUUUACAACUUCCCCAUCCACGCCUUUGACAAAGCUCUGCAACAGCAAGAUGCAGAAAGCGAGAGCGAGUCCGACGCAGAGAAUGAAGAGGAAGAUGAAGAGGACACGGAUAAAAGAGAGUUUGUGGAAGCAGACGACAGUGACCUCAGUGACUUCGAGGACAUGGAUAAGUUGGAGACAAGUAGUGAAGAGGAGCAGGAAGAGGAAGAAGAAGAGCAGAAAGCCUCUCGCUCCAAAUCUAAGGGGAAAACUCCCCUGAAAGGACCAGCCAGAAGAAAACGUCCCUACAUUGAAAUAGAGUAUGAAGAAGAAACAGAGCCAGCCACCAAAACAAAAGCAGCCUGACUCCUCCCUGAACUCGCGUUUUGUACUCAGAUCCGUCACUAGAACUCCUUCCAGCUUUCGCCACUCCAUGCGGGACCCUCAAAUUACUCUUUUUUCAAUAUUCUAAUUAUUAAUUUUCUUUAAGAGAAGAAGGGUUCCUGUCCUGACCCCUGGCAAUUGCCGCAAGUGCGUACCACUCUUGCGGGAAGCACAGUUUUAGGGAAGACGACUCCCCACCUUCUCUACAGCCACGCGCGGCUCAGCUUGGACUGCGCUGCAGGGAGGCUCCUGGCCCGGGGGGCACUGCUGCUUCGUUCUAAAGCAGGAGAAGCCCGCGGGUGGCUAGGUGAGCACACCAGUGUGUCUUGUCAGGGGGAGGUACGGGGCUAACAGGAGUGGGAUGAGAAAGACAGUAACUUUAAAUAAAUAAAAACUUUUACUGUACAAAAA